AUGUACUCUGAGCUCUACGAGGAGGUACGAAGGAAACGCAGGUGGUUCACGGUGGACCAAGCCGUCAGCAAACUGCAGCGCCACCGCCCGGACCACGGCCAGAACCUCCACACGCUCCUAACCAGCCCCCCCUGUGGCCCCAACAGAACCAGCCCCCACCCCUCCUGUGACCCCAACCGAACUCAGGUGUUUACAGUGUGCUCAGUGUGA